GUAAUGACGUCUUGGUCUCAACCCUGGAAUGUCCACUCCUGAUACCCUGGCUGCUCAUCCACCUCCUCCUCCCCCUCCUGUCGCACAUCCUGGUCCCCCACAUGCUUCCCUUCGGUAUCCUUCAUCCAGCCAUCAUCAGCAACACUCUUUGGCCUCUUCAAUUCCAUACCCACAACAUCCAACAUCUUCAGUUCCUCACCAACAGCAUUCAGCGUCUUCAAUUCCUCACAAAUCGCUUACCUCAUCUUCAAUACCUCACCAACAGCAUUCCUCAUCAUCUUCAGUUCCUCACCAGCAGCACACCUCUUCUUCAAUUCCUCACCAGCAGCAUACUUCUUCAAUUCCUCAUCAACAGCAUACCUCAUCUUCUUCUAUUCCUAACCAACCACAUUCUUCAUCUUCCUCAAUUCCUCAGUCAUGGCAUUACCAAGCACACCAAGGAGCAAGUGGCUCUCAACAAAGAUCUUAUUCUGGACCUCCCCCACCUCAGCACCACAACAAACACACCUCCGUUCAUGGCCCUCACAAGCUUACUCAAGCGGGGUCAUCCCAUCAGCAAGUCCCUGUAGGCACACCACACCAUCCUGACGUGGAGGCAGUGCCACACCAUCACAAUGUUCCGUAUGGGGGCCGUGAUCCAGCUUAUAACAAAUCAACUGAGAUCCGACCUGCAAUCCAGAGUUCUGGAGCCACCCGACCUACAGGAUACCUCGAAGCGCCGCUCUACUCGCAAGGGGCAGAAAGACCAAGUCAAGGAGAAACAAAGGCUUAUGCCAGCCGCAAGGUUGAGGGAGCAGAGGUCAGGUUGCCUGAAGGUGCAAAUUUGGCUCAAGAGCUGCGCUCUCUCAAAGACCACUUACAACGGCUCACAGAUGACAACCAGGAGCUACGAGAUUUGUGCUGCUUUCUUGACGACGAUCGUCAGAAGGGACGCAAGCUUGCGCGUGAGUGGCAGCGCUUUGGCCGCUACACCGCUUCUGUUAUGAGGCAAGAAGUAACUGCCUACCAAAACAAACUGAGGGAGCUUGAAGUGCGACAGCAGCAUCUCAUCACUGAUAACCUUGAGCUUAAGGAGCUUUGUUUAUACCUUGACGAGGAGCGCAGCAACGCGACGUGCGGCAACUGUGGCCGGCCUUUGCAGGCUCGGGACGAUGGUGACGGGUCAUCGUCUUCCACACAUCCUGACGAAGCUCUGAAUAAUAAUGAAGCAGAGUCACCGCACUCGGCAUCUAAUGCCACCACUCCAACACCGUCCCACCAUCAACAGGUUCUGCUGGAGCUGCAGGGCGCUGCAAGCUACGACGACGGAGGAACUGGUGGGUCUCCUUCUUUGGGGCUCAGCAGAGCAGGCUCGAGAGAGCGGCUCUUGGAUGAUGGCAGACAAAGAACACCCUUCAAUGAGCAAGUGCUGUGGUAUAUCAGAUCGCUGGAGACCCGGCUCCAAACUCUGGAAUCUGGAGGAAUAAGAAGACCAGCUGAGGCUGGAGGGGCGAGGCACAAAGGGGAAGAUGGAGGGGCUGGUGCAAGCAAGCGACCUCCUUACCCUCCCCCUUACUCCCUCUCACACCACCUCAGGGCUAUGGACCUCGGCAUUGCUCCCGCUCCCCUCGGAUCUUAUGAGUCUGAGGACGACCUGCUCUCCCCGCCGCUGGUGUGCCGGCCUCCUGCCGUGGCUGCGGCGCUGCGGGUGCUUGAGGUGCAGGAGCAGCUCUCAGGAGCGCCCCCAGCUCCGCUGUCCGCCUUCAGCGCUCCUUCCAACCACCGUCCUCCUCCACACCCGCGCCCUCAGUCUGCCACCAUCGUCACCCAGCACAAGGCUUCUUCUAUUUCGCACCCCCGACACCUACCAAAAGGCCGAGGCAGCGUUAGCGCGUCAAGUUCUCCGCAUCCAAACCUGCAGGCCCAGCUGGACCCUCUGGAUCCGCCACCAGCUCGCUCCCACAUGGCGUCCAAAGAGAAAGAUGGCGCCCUCACUGACAACGAGAAAGCCUUGCUGCACCAGAUGUGUAAUGUGGUUUGGCGUAAGUUGGAAGAAGCACCGUCAGAUCUCAACAGAUGAACCUUCUCUUCGUAUUGACAUCAAAAACAUUUAAGUCUUGCAAGAAUCUCAGCCUUAAUCGUUGACCUGCGGAAAUUGCACCAUAUUUCGUUCAUGUGUAUUAAAAUUAAGUUGUCAACAAACUCGGUUUUUAAUCAAGUGGUACAAAAAUUGAUAUUUAUGAGUAACUAUUGCGUCACAUCUCGUGAAUUCGUGAGCACUUUAAGACUUUGAGAAUCUGGGAACACUAAUGGUAGGAUGGAUGGAGGACAAAUAUUUGAAGUGUUUUAUUGUGUAACGGACGUGCGAGUAAUUUUGAGAUUUUAAAUUUAGCAUGAUGUCUUCAAAUUUUUAUUCGUUACAAAGCCAAUAUUAAAUAUACAAGAUGUUUAAUUGUGAAUUACGUGUCAAAAAUAAACGCUAUUCAUUGUCACAAUUUCCGUUGUGAAUGAGAUAAUUAGAUUCGAUACGUUAUUUUCAUAUAUAUUAUAAGGCUUGGUAUCGUUUUUUAAUGACGUUAUAGACAAACGAACCUUUCCACCAUGUUAUCUACCAAGCAUUGUAUAUGCCACGAUGCUCACGACCAAUAUCCCAGCUGUCGAGGUAGUUUAUCGCGCUCGAAACCUUCCGACUAGUUUAAUCAAGAGAAAUAUACUCAGUAUUAGUUAAAGAUAUUCCUAAAUGUAAGUGUUGUUAACUCCCAUACCUCUCUUUAAUGAGAGUUAUUGAACUUUCUCAUUGAAUGUUGUUUACUGAAUGUUUGUUGAACGUUUCUCAGUCGCUUACGUGAUUCAGUGUCUGAUUUUUAUCAUAUUCAUCUUCUUUCUCGUUCAUUUUUCUACAUUAGGUUAAAAAAACGAUUUUCUCACUAAUUUUGUAGCAAUAAAUAGUAUAAAACUCAUCAUUCCUAUAGGUACACAUUUUUAGAUCACUUGUUACGGAAAUGUUUAGCUUCCUUAUUGAUGUGCCUUAUGACUGCUCUCUAGAAGUAUGGGUGUGUGGCCUAACUUUUUUUUAUUGCAUUAAAAAGAAACAAAUGUGCCUUGCUUUUCCGUCCACUCAUCAUGGCUAUGUGGUGCGUGUGUUAUCUUGAAACAUGGCCAUAGUUCAAGAGAAACCACGGCUCUCUUUCAUGAGGUCUUGCUAUGCCUAAUUUGUCAAUGCAGCUAGAAGAACUCGCGAAAACCGCUAAUCAACACAAUAAAUGAUAAUAAGCUUCAAUUGUCGCACAUGUUGGGCUGUUCUUUCUCACGCUUUUAUUUCAUUCGUGAUGUUUAUAAUGACUUAUGCUGUGGUGGCAGCUCUUCGUCCUGCAAUCUUGCAGGAAACUAUCUUCGCACCUCUUUUUUUGUGCCAAGAUACAAAAUGGUUAUGUAUUCCUCUGAAAAAUGUUUUUUUUUUUACCUUCUUGGCCGCUAGUGAACCAUGAGUGAACGGGCUUCCAUGCUUGUCAAUACUCAGACGCGGUCGUGCGCCAGAUUUAUUUCGGUAAUUUAUAUAUUGCACAAAUAUUCGGCGGAUAAAUCUGUAGUUGUUGAAGUUUAAGUCCUGUCCUGUAGAUCUACACUUGGAAAAACUAGCAGAAUUUGUUGAUGAAUAUAUAUUUUUUAUGAAUAACUCAACCUCAAGCGGCAAGUCUGCCACCUCGUCUUUCAUAAAGCACCUGUUGUACUUUCAUGUAACAUUUUUUAAUAUUUUUGACUAUAAGUUCGAUUAUCUACCUUAAGUAUUUAUUCUGAUUUUUUUCUUGCACAAAAUCUCUGCUGAGAAGUUGACUCGGCCAUAAAAUUUGUCUUACCUCUCCUCUGCUAAGCCUUCCUGAUGUUGACGUUCAAGCGUAGCUCAGCAGAGUGUUGUACAAAAUGGCAUUCUAUUUGCACUGUUUAGGAGAUCAACAUCUUUUUUUCAUGACCUUAAUAUCAUAGAUGAGAAUAAUAUUUGCAUGAAUCAAAUUACAUGUACAUUGUACAACUAUAACUAUAGUUUAACUUAUAAAUUCUGAGGCUUACAUUCCAAAUAAAAUCUAAACAUCCCACGUCUGCCGUUAGUCACAAUGCGUGGACAAUUAUAAAGGCCUGCACAAUAUCAUGCGAUGAACUCGUAUAUAAACAAACUGUUGGAAAUGUUACUUUUAAUCGUUUAAGAUUAUUUUGAUUUAUUUGUAAUUAUUGUGACUGAAUACUCUACAACAACCGGAGCAAAUGUUGUUCGCCUGUACAGUUGGGAUUAAAACUUUUGCCUGAAUUUCUUUAAUGCUGGUUUGGCAAUUUCGCUAUUCUCAAUCCUCUUACAUUUUUCAGUUCAUGUUACAGGAUUCUUUUCCAAUAGUGAUAUAAAUUUAUUAAUGAAUAAGGUAGCCCAUGUUUCAUUCCCGUCAUGAGUGCCAUGAAUAACUUGCUUACAUAAAUAUUUGUGUCAACAUUUUUCUUGCAUAUCUCUGUGAGGCCGGAUGCUGUAAAUUACGUUUACCUGAUAUCGACUACGUUGUUCCUUUUUAUUGGUUUGAUUUCUCACCAACAUUCCUGUAGUACUACGUUCCACUCCAUAAAUUUUCUUUAUAUUAUUGAAGUUGGAUAUCUCAUACAUUAUUGCUACAUUAUUCAUGCUCCUUGACCCGAUUUUUUCCCCGAAUUAUUAUUUCUUACUCACUAUUUAUGUUUUACUCUAAGGAAUUUCGUUCACACCAUGCGUAAAAUUUGGUGUUUGCGAUUGAACUGAGCAAUUGGCGAUGAAGAGAACGUUUUUUUUUUUCACGCGUAUGUUUUAUAGAAUCCGUGCUGCAUGCAUGUUAUCGCUUUCCUUAUAAGCCGGCAGGGCUAUUGCCAUUUUGAUAUUUUUCAGAAGAAAGCAAAAGGCUUUUGCAACGUGUCACUGAUGAAUUUACCGUCUACUCACGUUAUAUUGUUAAUAAUUUACCGUCUACUUACGUUAUAUUGUUAAUAAAGUUAGGAUACUGAGAAACGUUUGUUAUGCUCUCCAAAGAGCAUGAAGUGCAACGUGCUGGCUAGGUGUGUACUUUUUAAGCGACGAAUUUUGCUGUUAUUUGUGUUCAUUACAUUUCAAUACGAUUUCGCAUUUAUGAACAAAUGUGCCUUAUGAAUUACAUUAUUAUCAUUCGAAGCCCAUCACAUGCCCUUCUAACUUUCCUCCAUUAACGGAAUAUUAGACAUGGAAAUUAUUUUGUCGAUAGGGUAAAUUAUGAGAGUAAGGAGCAACUGGAUUUGUCGGUUCGCCGUUUAAGACAUCAUCAGUUGAUUUUUUUACGUGGUGCUUUCUGCACUAAUAACAUUCUAGGGACCCACAAUUCGAAAUUUCUAGUGAUGUAAAAAGGCCUGCCCGGAGAAAAUUCCUCUCACCGCCAACCAAUUAGUUGUUAGAAUUAUUUUGGGAGGAAAUUUUGCACGAUUGCAUCAUGUUAAUCUGAAACUGGAAAUGCAUUUAUUACGGGAAUUGAACGGCUUACUCUAGGGCUCACUUUUCGUUAGGUAGCUCGUUUUCUGAUCUUGAGCCAGGAACAUUUGAUGGUUUAACAUUAGCUUUACUUUUGAAGGCUUUAAUUGAAUUCGUCGUUCCGGUCUCGCUAUUCUCUAGUUUUAUCAGAUCGGAUUAUGUGUGGGAAUUGCCGUUUUACGUUCAAUGUGGAAACUUAUUUGAUUCGAAAGAAAUCUUUCAUUUAGUUUUAUAUAUAAUGAUGUCAUCUGAUUUAAAUGAUGUUAUGAUAUUUCUCGAUGGCAACAAGUAUGUUACAUGCAGUUCAGAGUUAUUAAUUUCUACGGGCGUAACUACGACAGUCUUGUCUCUUUUUCGGAAUGCUUCAAAUUUGACUAUAGUAUUUCGUACCGUAGACUAGAAUAUUUUUUAAUUACUUUAUUCAUUCCUGAGGCA